GGCGGUUUCAAGAAUGUGAGAAAUUAAGCUUUAACUAGGAGGCUCAUCAAUCACUUGGAUGCAUUAAAAUAUAAUAGGGAGCUUUCAGUUCAAACAUUGAACAUAAACGAGUUUUAUAGCUUUAUUCCGUUCUGCUUUCAUCUGCAUCUGUAGAAAGUUGUGGGCCGUUUUUUCUUCACCGGCAGUGAAGGGGAGGGGAAUGGGGGAGGGGGCAGGAGAAAGAAGAAGAUGUACAAAAAUGGCUGAAGACAUUUUGGAUACGGUUCGCGAAUGCCUACUAAAGGGACAACAAAUCAGGGAAUUAAAUAACAAAAUUUGUGUGGGGGGCAGAAAUUUCCUCAAAACUACUGAAACAACAUUUCCAAUAAAACAAAUCAAAGCUGGAAGAAAAUCAAAUAAAUGCAGAAAGUUUUAUAAUCUUGAAGAAAUUUCUUUUUUUAUUGAAAAUGUGGAGCUUCCUCAUUAUCAGUACACUAAGAAAGCUCAGGAUAAAGGAGUAGAAUGUGUGAGAAAAUUAGAUCGUAAGCCUUUGCUUACCCGCAUUGGUGGUGAGACUUUACUUAAAAGAAAGUCAAGGCCUAUUAAAAGGACCACUGGUGGCGGUAACAAAUCAGAAGGUUUCUCCACACCUAUACCUCUCGAGCCAGAACCUGCCAAUCGAAAACAAGCCGUUGAAAAGGACAGUGGUGAAAGUGGUGAGCGUCAGAAACCUCAUCUGAGAACAUACUCAAGAAAACGCUCCUCACGUUCAUCCUCAAGGCGUCAAAGUUUGGCAAGUGAGGACCAACUCGAUGUGGAUACAGGUGUGGUCAAUAAUGACAUUGCCGAGGAACUGAUAUCAAUUAAGACUGAAAACAAGAACUUGGAAUGCUCUCUGAGGAACAUAAUAUCAUUCCUUAAGGACCAUUUGGGAGCAACCGAAGAGCAGCUAACAGCAAUGCAGGAGUGUGAAAGCAACACAGUGGAGCUUAGCAAUAUUGCUUCAAGCAUAAAAGAUAAGAUUGCUUAUUCAGGUGUCUUACCAAAUGGUAAUACUCAUAGUCCAGCUAACUUUGAAUCCCCAAGUUUUUGUUAUAAAGCUGUCAAACAUCCCAGUCGAGGCUGGGAGAUGAGAAAACUACACUUGUCAUCUGUUUUAUCUGGUCAUGAAGAUUUAAACUCAACAGAAGUAGAAGAAACCAAAUCAUCAACUUUUGAAGAGUCUCUUUCCAAGGGGACUGUUCUCUUGAAGAGAGUUUUUUCCAUGUUAAUCUCUCAGAUGAGAGAGUCAAAUCGAUUCACGACUCAUGAAGAGUUUGACCUAUUUUGCCAGAAAAUCAUCACAGAUUGUCUUGCAGAGUCAGUUGAAAGUUUCAGAGAGUUAUUUAGUGGAUUGUGUUCAUCGAAACUUGUUGAAGAUGAAUCGGAAGAAGUUGAUAGAUGGGUUGCUGUCUGCAGAGCUGAACUUGGAAAGCUCUUCCUUUCAUUAACAAAGACUCUUCAGUCAUUACGUGACAUCCCUAAUAUUCAACAGAAACAGCCCAUUUCACUAUUUCAUCUUCCUGAACCUACAUUUAGCUUGGCUCUCAAUCCUGCCAAAGUGACUCAUAGUGUAGUCCUAGAAAUGUAUGUUCGCUUUGGAGUGGCUGAACUGCAAGGAAUUCUGAAGAAUCUUCUAGGGUGUGGUUCUAUUAAUCCUAUGAACAAUUCGUUCACUAGUUUUUCGCCAAGUGCUAAUAAGAAAAUUAACAACACUAACAACAAUGAAAGCAAAAUUGAGCAUAGCUGGAAUCCAAGUACAUCUGAAGAGAUUCCUGAACCUGCACCCCCUCAGCUGCCAACUGAUGUAUCACCCCAGCAUCCAAAUGAUAUUGAGUUUGUUUCUGUAUCUGGAUCGCCAACCUCACAGGGCUGCAAAAACGAUUUCAGUCCCCAUUCAUUGAAUCCAGAAACAAUUGUGCCAGAAAUAAUUGACGCAGAGUCUUCAUCUGCUUCAUCAACAAGUUUACCUUGCAGCCCACAACCACAUCCAGUUAAUCGGGUUUUGUUUCAGCAGAAUAGAAAUUCAGACAAUAUUCUGAAUUCUAAUUCAACAUAUCAAACCAGACGUUCAUCUGAAAGUGACCGGUACAGCAGUCAGUACAGUGUGUUCAAAGCCUCUCUUGGAAACGUAUUGGUUUCAUCCUUCAAGAAACAAAUUCAAGAGAAAAUACAAGCUAGAAACUCAGAUAUAUUAUGAAACAAAACCUAUAUGUUAAAGGAAGAGUUAUUUUUAGUAGAUGUAUUCAUCACAAGUAUGUUUAGCAUAGAAUUUUAUUUUUUAUUCUUCCAUGUAUUAAAAUGGUAAGACCUAGAAACAUGUGCCUUGUUAUAAAGAGCUUGUUUGUAUAAAAGAAAAAUAUAUAUAUACCCACUGUGAUGAGAAAUGACCAAAGUAGUUUUGAGAAAAUAUAUAUAUAUUCUGUAAAAUGACUUUUUUCAUGAAAAGAAAAGAUGGUGGGAGGUAUAGAUUUAAUCAAACUCUUUUGGGGAAGUAAAUUUUAUCUUUCUGAUGGAAAUUAAUCAUUAUUUUCAGGAGUACUGUCCCUGAAAGAUGUUUGUUCUCCUGCCUACCACAUUUCAAUAUAUUUUGAAUCUGUACAAAGAAUGUCAGUGAGUAGCGCAUUAUUUGUGCAUACUUGUGGAAAAGAUAAGAGUUCAUCAAAUACAGCAAAAGGAUGUUGCUGCUCUGAUCUGAAAUGUGUCUUCUGUUCAAUCGAACAAAUUACUUUGGCAUUUUGAUGUCUAUUGUUAACAUAUUCAUGAUAAAUAUUUUUUGAUGCUCCCUUUUUGUGUUUUUGAAUUCUAAGUAACAUUACUUCAGCUGUAAGACGAUGUUUUUAAAAAUAGUUUUGGUUAUGUUUUACGAUCUUUUUGUAUGUUAAUAAAGAUUGAAAUUUAUAGGUAGUUUUUUUUUGUGUUUCUAGUAUAUAUUAGUGCAGUCUAAAAGCAGAAAUAGUAUAUAUUUAGUUAAUGCUCUGCACCUACAUUUUUUUAGGCUGCUUUGUUAUUGUUUUAUUUGUUGCCUCUGGAAGAGCAGUGUUUGAGUAUCAGACGCAUUACAUCACAUGUUUUCCUUCAUCGUUUAUUUUAGAAUUACUGUUACAAUUGUUUGAAUUUUAUGCAGAUGGGUAUUUCUAACUUCUUUACUCCAUUUCAUUUAUUUUUGUGAAGCACCAACAACGGAGUUUCUUAUUUCUGCUUUAUGAUCUCUUGGUCUGUGAGAAACUUACCAGUGUUUGUUUGGAUUGGUGAGUCAAAGAAGUCUGAGCAGUAACUUAAGUUUUCCAAAGUCAAGUAAACCUUUAGUUCUUUUAAAGAACUUACUAAUCUUAAAAUUUAAAUCUGAAAAUAUUUUGAACUUCUCUUUACUGUAUUUUAUACUUAGGAAGAUACUUAUUUAUCUUUACUUUCAAGUGACUCCCUUUUUUUAAGUUUUCAUUUAAAAUGGACCAUGGUAUGUAGUGACACAUUCAUGUACUCCAAAUUCUACAAAUGUAAGAAUACAUUUGUGAAUAUGGCAUAGUAAUUUGUUAGCAGCAUUUUUUUUUCUGUUUCUUUAAAAUCCUUGAAUGUUUUGAGAAAUAAUGAUUAUCUCUAUCUUAUACAUGCACGUAAAUGAAAGAACUUAUUAAUAUGACUGUUGAAAUUUAUAUACUUCUCGUUUUACCUGUCUUUGAAUGAAAGCCUUCGUGGAGAGCAAUGGGAGGAUGACCUGUAGGUACUCUUUCACUUUCUUUUGAACAUUGAAGUGAGAAGGACCUAAAAAGAUGAUAAUCAUUUUAAUGUGUGUAGGCAUGUAGACUGUUUGGUAACCUUGAAAUGCAUUUUGCUUAGCCAAACAAUAUUCUCAUAAUAUUGUUAACCUGCAGCUAUAUUGAAAGAAAUCUUCCUUUGAAAAACAGGAACAUAGAGGUGGAACUUGUAUUAGGUGUUUGGCACAGAAAGAAGUUUUGGGGCCGUUGUGUUGAGUACAUGCAAGAGAAUAACAUUAUUGCUGAUCGUGCGAGUUCAAGUGAAACGGGUUACUGUGUCUUCUGCCACCCAUGUUUUUACCCCGCUGAAUCACAUAUUACACUGCAUAUGCAUUUUGUUGUAUUUUUCUUUUCUUUCAAACUUCUGUUUUAUGGUUUGAUUUGCAUCAAGUUAUUAACUCAAUGUACCAUCGCUUGUUAUUUAUGUUGUAAGUCAAGAUUUGUGUUCAAGCUACUUUGUAAGCUAAUAAAACACGCUUUAUUCAAGUA